ACUCCGGUGGAGUAGUCCAGACGCGAAGCCUCAGAGAGUCCGUCACGCAUGCGCGCAAUUUCCCGCUCAAAGCUGCUUCGCCAGUCAGUUCGGGGCUGAGGUGAACGUGGGCAAAAGGACCGUUACGACGCCUUUACCGUUUAUCGCUCCGCUUUGUUCUGUCAUAACAAGUUGAUCCACUCGAAAAGAGAAUAGGGGUAUGGCAUGUAAACCGGAUACAUCACUUUAAAAUGGAACACCUCAGACCUCUCUUUAAUUCAGUUCAGAGGAGCAUAAUGGACAAUCCAGUCACUGCUUUCAUAUUCCGACCUCUUACCAUAUGGAGGGUGCUAACUCUGAUCUGCUCCAUUAUCGUUUGUGCGUCACUUUUAUCUGGAGGAUAUCAGAAUCUGCCUACUUCAUCUUUCCUGAAUUGUACCCUAAAUGACAACAGCACAGCCUGUGAAUAUGGCAUUAGCAUUGGCAUUCUUGGCAGCAUAGUUUGUUUAUUAUUUGUCAUACUGGAUAUCGUCAAGCCACUGUUUAGAAGGAACUUGAUUAAAAAGGUCAUCAACAUUACUGACCUUUCCAUCUCUAUUCUCUUUGCCUUGCUUUGGUUAUUCGGGUUUUGCUUCCUUACUCACGAGUGGAAUAUGACAGUUCCUUUUAUGUUUGCCUUUGGCAAAAAAGAGGCCGAGACUGCUAUUGCCUUCUCUUUCUUUUCAGUUCUUUGCUGGGUUAUUUUGAUAUAUCUGGAAGUUUCACAUUUCCGUGAAAAAUACCUUGAUGCGUACACUAUGUCGAUGAUGUCACUGAAAAGAAGAGAGCUCGCUGACAGAGUUCAUGUUGAAGACAUUGCAGAGCCACCGAGUCUGCCACCACCCACCAUUGUUUCUUCCAGUAUGCCUUCCCCUGUUACAGAUCCAUUCAAUGAGUAAUAUUUUGCAAAGAAUGUAUAAGGCAGGUUGUGGAUUUUCAUGUUUGGCUAGCAGAUAUUACCGAUAUCCCAAUGUGACUAAAGCUGAUGGCACACUGA